CCUCAACGUUGGUUGUCAAUUGCACCCAGCUCCUAGAGACUUGUAAGAUUCCAUCGCCAGCUAAAAUACCCGUCAUUUGACAGGACAUUUUUCUUUGAGCCCUCCACUUGAUGAUGAGCUUGCAGCCCUUGACUGCGGUCAACUGCGCUGGCCUCCUGCAGCCUGGCUGCUCCUUGCUGCAGCUUGAUGGUGACACCCUCCUCUUCGGCCAGAAAGGCUGGCCCAAGCGCUCCUGCCCCACUGGCGUAUUCGGGGUGCGCAUAAAGGACACAGAGUUCAAGCUUCGCCCCAUCUCUUUCUCCAACAACUCCUGCUACCUGCCCCCCUUGCGCUGCCCGGCCAUCGCCCGCCUGGAGCCUCGCAACGGCAGCCCGGAGAGCUACGUCAUCCAUGGAGGACGCACGCCUAACAAUGACCUGUCAUCGGCUCUCUAUGUCCUGGGCAUGGAGAGCCGAGGGUGCAACCGCAAGCUGACCCUGUCCUGCCAGGAGAAGGAGCUGGCAGGGGAGCCACCCAGUGCCCGCUAUGGGCACACAGCCAGCGUGGUGCACAGCCGUGGUAAGAGGGCCUGCGUGUUGUUCGGCGGUCGUUCCUACCAACCCCCCGGCCAGAGGACCACCGAGACCUGGAACAGUAUGGUGGACUGCCCCCCUCAGGUGUUCGUCGUGGACCUGGACUACGGUUGCUGCUCCGCUCACUACCUCCCCGAGCUGACCGACGGCCAGUCCUUCCACCUGGCACUGAGCAGGGGCGACUGUGUUUACCUGCUGGGGGGCCACACCUUGGCGUCCGACUCCCGGCCCAGCCGGUUGUUACGACUCCGGGUCGAGCUGCUGUUGGGCAGCCCUAAGCUGAGCUGUGAGGUCCUGGACAACGGGUUGUCCAUCACCAGUCCCAUAGCCACCCGUCUGAGCCCUGCCCGCCAUGAGUAUGUGGUCCUGGGAGGUUACCAGGCCGACCAGCAGAAGCAGCUGCAGUGCCACCUGGUAGCUCUGGACGAGAACGGCAUCCGCAUCGAGCCCCAGGCCGCGCCGCCCUGGAACGGGGAGAUCAGCAGCAGCCGACUGUGGUUCGGAGGCAGCCUGGGGAAAGGUAACGCUCUCCUGGCCGUCCCUGCCGAGGGCAACCCAGCCCCGGCAGACGCCUUCUACCUGUACCAGGUGAGCUUCGAACAGGAAGGUGCAGACGAGGAGAGCGGCAACCAGGGCUACAGCCAGGAGUCCACAGACCUGGAGGACUCCACGCCUCUGGAGGACUCGGAGGAGCUCUACUUUGGCCGUGACCCCCACGAGAUGCUAGAGAUGCUGGACAGCGACGGGGAGGGCGGGGUAUACAAUGAAGACGAUGAGGAGGACGAGACCCAAACGGGAUACUGGAUCCGCUGCUGUGCCGGAUGCCAGGUGGACCCCAACACCUGGGAGCCUUUCUACUCCACGGAGCUCACACGGCCCGCUAUGAUCUUCUGCUCCAGGGGCGAGGGAGGGCAUUGGGUCCACGCCCAGUGCAUGGAGCUGCCCGAGGUCCUGCUGCUGAGGCUCUCCGAGAACAACUGCAAGUACUUCUGCCUUGACCACGCCGGACAGGGCCCCGGUGGCCCGGGACGGCAGGAGAGGACGCCGCCACGUCAAGAGCUGCCCGUCAAACGCACACCCAUGAAGCCGCUCCACAAGAAGACCCCUGUCAAGCUCAACAUGACCCCAGCCAAGAAGACCUUCCUUAGGAGGUUGUUUGAGUGAUCUGUGCUCUUGCUGUUCAACUGUUGACCGAUGACCUACAUUGUAUUAGGCUUGUGUUAAUUUUGUGUUUUCAAAGGGAUAUCCCACCCCCAGGUGAAAUUAAGUCACUCACUGCAGUUCCUAGAUUUUGAUAUAUUUUUUUAGUCUGGCAGCAUGGAAUUUUGAAAUGGCUACAUAAGAAUACAGACGAUAAGGUAACAUAUUAGCUUAAUUUAGCAUAGUUGCUGUAAUCUAAUGUAGCCAUUUCAAAAUUCCAUGCUGUUUGAGUGAGACAAUAGUUGGGUUGCCUGGAAAGCACUUCUGCUCACUUAUCCAACUCUAGGGACUGUGGGUGAAAGACUUCAGUUCGCCUGUUGUUGGGGUAUUCUUUUAAGUACUGUGUGAACUGAUAAACUAUUAAACAUGAAAUCCAUGUAUGCUUAAUUUUUAUGAGUAAGCCAUGACUUUACAUAAUAAUAAGAAUAUAUCAAUGGUUGAUUACUGUAUAAAAUGUAGGCUAUGCUUUAUUGAUAGUACUGAGAUUUUUUUUAUUAUUGUCAUUUGCAGCGAACAGAUGCUGUUUUCCUUUUGUGCUUGUACAAUGUCAUUCUGUAAGACAAUAUAAUUUUUUUUCAAAUAAAGCAUUCAG